AUGAAUGUUUAUGGUAAUAAUGAAAAUAACCAUAGGGCGUUAGCAAAAACAGAUAUAGCAUCCAUAACUGCUACCGUUAGUCCGCCUCUACAAAUACCUGAUAACCCUAAGCAUAUGUCUACAGAUGAAAAGCGCAAAGUAGCUAAAAGAGCGUGUUUGAAUUGCAGACAAAGAAAAAUUAAAUGUGAUGGCGAAGCAAAAACUUUAAUGCAAAAUGGGAGCAAUGUCAAUAAAAAUCAACCACUCGUAGUUUGUUCCAAUUGUUUGAUGACCGGUGAGGUGUGUGAAUAUGUCCCCAGUAAAAGAGGUGGUAGGAGGCCAAGGACAAAGAAACUUGAUAAGACGAAUAACGAUGAUAGUGCGAAAAAUACCACUUUACCGAAAAAAAAGAGAAAAUAUGAUACUGAUACUCAAAAUUCAAUAAAAACAUAUAAUCAGCAUGAAUUUAAUCAGGCUCCGAAUAAUAAUAUAUCUGCUUCUACAGGUAAUUGUUUUUCCAAUAACGUUAAUACUGGUUUAAAUUAUGAAUAUAAUAAUAAUAGUGGGAAUGCUAAUUAUACUUCAAUCUCAAAAUGUGGUCCUUCCUAUGAUGCUAACUAUAAUAACAGUAUUUCUAGUAAUAUUUACAGCGAUAGCAGUUAUGUCAAAGAAAAAUACAGUAAUAUUGUCAGUAAUAAUAAUACCGCUGCUCCUUUCUCUCUAUCUUCUUCAUUUGCUACUGCUAGUAGUGAGAACUCUGCGAAUUUAAAUAUUCUAAAAAUGCCUGUAACGGAAGCAAAAACAACUUAUUCUGCUGAUUUAGGGGGGAAAAACGAAUAUGCUAUGAAUGCUUCCAGUAAUAUUUCUAUUAAUAACAAUAAUAAUAAUAAUAAUAAUAAUAAUAAUAAUAAUAAUAAUAUCGCUUCUGUUAACACUAAUAAUAACAGUACUAGCCUUUAUAGUACAAUACCCUCAGUAUAUAAUAACAGUUUACCGCAAUUAUCGCCUUCACAACCUCAUAACGGCAUGUCACCACGUUAUGAUAAUACUAUUCCGCAUUUGUCGUUUGGCCCAUCAGAUAAUCACUUUCAUCAUUGUCGACCUCAUCAUGAUUGUCAUUUUGGCCCACCACAUCACCAUCGUCAUGGUCCUCAUGGUCCUCAUGGUCCGCAUGGUCCUCAUGGUCCGCAUGGUCCUCGUGGUUUUCAUGGUCCUCGUGGUUUUCAUGGUCCGCAUGGUCCUCAUGGUCCUCAUGGUCAUCAUGGUCAUCAUGGUCCUCGUGGUUUUCAUGGUCCUCAUGGUUUUCAUGGUCCGCAUGGUCCUCAUGGUUUUCAUGGUCCGCAUGGUCCUCAUGGUCCUCGUGGUCCUCAUGGUUUUCAUGGUUUUCAUGGUCCUUAUGGUCCUCAUGGUCCUCAUGGUCCUCAUGGUCUUCCUGGCCCCCCUGGUCUUCCUGGCCCUCAUUUUGGUCCACCAUCACAUUAUGAUUACGAUCCUAAUCUCGGAACUCCGCCACCCUACACUCUUCAUGGAUCUUCUGAUUUUAAUACCAAUAAUUUUGAUUCUCAUCCCAACUCUUCAUCACCACAAUUCGGUAACGACUCAUGGUAUGGUGCCAGAUUUAAUAGACCAACAUCACAGCAACUUGAAAUAGGAUCUAUAGUUACUCAGGGUUCUGAUGGUAAUGCAGCCAAUUUAAGGGAUAACAGUUACGAUUAUAGAAGCCAAUCUAAUCAACAAGAACAGGAGACGAAAAUUACGUGUGAACAGACCGAAAAACAACCACAGCAACAACCACAGCAACAACCACAGCGACAACCACAGCAACAAUUAAAUUCAUUAUCUAAUGGCACAUAUUUACUCUCAAAAGACUUUUACGAUCAUAAUACACCUUAUAAACAACCAGCUAUCUCUCAUGAAAGUGACAAACCUUUUUUACAUCCAAUGAAAGUUGAUGAUAAAAAUAAAAGUUUUAACAAAGUUAACAAUAAUAGACCUUGUUUUAUAGAUAUUUUGGAUAAUAAUGAACAUAAAACCGAUAUCGAAAACAGUAAUAUUAAAGUUAGAAACAAAGAAUCCUUUGAUUCGUUUAAUAACCUUGAUAAUUUGAACAAUCCUAAUUCUAAUAUGACAAGUGUUAAUACCACUACGUUUAAUGGUGCUUCUGAAGAUGUUGUUGUGCUAGAUGCUAAAAAUAAAGGCAAAGUUAAUAAUUAUGAUGUUAGUUUUGUCAAUGUUACAAAUGAAAACGAAGUUAACCUAAAUAAUACUAGCAAAACUGUAACAUUAACUUCUGCGCAAAGAUCAACAUGUGAUUCUGUUGAAAAUAAAAAUUCAAAAACAAAAGAAAACAAAGAGUUACAGAAAACUCCUACAGAUAUAGAGGUUGAAAAUAAAAACCAUACUACCAUUUCUCUUAAUAGGAGUAAUACUUCAAGUAUAAAUACUAAUUUGGAUGAGAAAAAUAAAUUACCCAAUAAUACCGUUGAUAAAACUAGGGAAGCAACGACCAUUUCCUCUAACACUACUACUGGCACUAUUGAGAACCACAAAAAAGCUACCAAUUCGAAUUUUAAACAAUCUUCUAGGAGAGUUUUUUCAGUUAAAGAACUCUGUUCUCGAAGGGACAACAUCAAUGUCACUGAAGAAAAUAGUUACAAAAUAUUUAGUUCAAAGGUUAAACUACCAACUUUCCCGUUGGAUUUGGGCACUUGUUCAGACUCAAAUGGCGGUAAAAGAUUGGAUACAAACAUAUCUAAAAAAUAUGAUAAGGAUGUAACUUCAACUGUGGAUUUCUAUACUGGUAAUAAAAAAAUACUAAAUAUGAAUGAUGUUUUAAGUUUGUACAGAAUUUCUGAUGAAAUUUUGGAAUAUUAUCAUUUGCCGAAGUGGGAGCACCUAGUGAAAACUAUUGAUUUGUAUUAUAAAUAUAUACAUUCAUAUAUCAGGAUUUUGCCACCUAAAAAGUUAUUUUUUGAGUACUUAAACUUGAAAAAACAUGCCUCAUUAUUACAUGCAUUCAUAUUAAUAACUUAUCCAUUUGCAUUCAAAGAGGCCAGCGCACAACAUACUGGUAUGGUAUUCAAAACUGAUCAUUUUGAGAUUUCUAUUGGUUACUGCGAAGAAUUUUGGGAAAAUUUAGAUACACAAACUGCUAUUCAAACUCUAAUAUUGUUUUAUUAUUCAUUGGAUUUUCAUUUAUCCUUGACUGUCGGUGCCAAUCAAUUUCCAAUAAAUCUGCAGUUAAAGAAACCUCUUUUGUUGUCUCUAUCUGGGAAAUUAGAAAAAUUAGUCAAAGUAAGUUCUCUAGCCAAGACUUUGCAAUCUGACUUGUUUGGGGACGUUUUGAAAAUUGCUACGAAAGAAAUGAUUCAGAACAAUCAGGAAAACUUGAGAUUAUUAUGGAGAGCCAAAUCUAUUAGUACUGUUCUAGCAGUGAAAUUCAAAAUAUUUGAUCCAGACCUUCUAAAGGAAACAUUAGAUUUUUCUGAUAAUUAUAUUCCAGCUGGAAUGCCAGCUCCAUUUAGUGACGAUGCGUUUGAAAGUCAACUUUUUUUAAAUUCUUUGGAUACUGUAGAUCCAACAACAUUCUAUUCACCCGUUAGCUUUAAUGAAUUAUUUGCCAUUGAAGAUGAUGAUGAUCCCAGAAUUGCAAAAUUUUUUAAGGAUUCAUAUAAAUUUACCCCAGCAUGCUAUAUUAUACUUUUUAUUAAAAUUGGUUCAAUGAAAAUAAAAAAAAAAAAGAUUGAUAAUUUAUUGUACAAUGUUGUGCUUUUGUGUAAUGCUACUUUAAUCAAAGAAACUUCAGAAUUUAUUUUGAUUGAUGCAUCCAGUUUUUCUGCUAAAAUUUGGUCUUUAAUAUGUAAUACACUUACUUUUUCUAGGAAUAUCCCUACGCUACCAUCAAAUACUGGAUUAACUUUGAGACUUUUUGAAUUCCUAAAUAUUGUUGAAACAAUUUGGAUUAUUCAAUUGGGCGAGACUUUUUCCGGUAAAAAACUUUUAUUAAGUCCAAUUAUUGAGGAUAACAAUAUUGAAAAUGAGCCAUUUUGCUGGAAACAAUACCCGUGUGUUAUUUUUGAUCUAUUAGCGUUGAUUAUGCGUGAAUUACGAACUGCAUUUAUUGAAUUAACAAGAAAGUACAAGUUAGUUUAUGACUCAGAGGAGAAUACCAUAACUUUUGUAGUCAGAAGUGAGGAACGUCAAAAUCAUAGUAAUAUUGACUCUGUUGUGGUUGACAUGAAUAAAGUAACAAUUGAUCAAUUUUUACAUUAUAGUAGAGAACAAAGUUCAUGGCAUUAUUUAGAAGAAUACUUUAACGAGAAUGUGAUUCAAGAAUAUGAUGCCACUGCAGUUCAAUUAAUUAAUGAAAGGGAUCAAUAUUUAUUAUGA